GUCACCGUCUCCAAGGAGUGGUCCGGGGCACCGGUUUCAAAGUCGCAGGGCGGGCCGAGUGGACUUCCGCUACUGGCCUGGGGCUUCCCAGCCGUCUUGGCGUCGUCCUCUCCAACCCCCGCCGCUCCGCGUAGAACGCAGCUCUCAGGCUGCCCUCCAGCUCCCGCGGCACUCUCCUAGGUGGCCCGACGAGACCCAGAGUGACCCGCGGGACGCCUGUAUCGACCGCGUCCUCUUCCCACCAGGGUGGGAUUCGGUUGAACGUGGAGCAGAAUUCACUUGGCGCGUCCCCAGCAAUCUUCAGUCUCUCACCAGGGUCAGGGACUCGUCUGGGGCGCGGGGGAAGGAAGCGUGGCGGGGCUGUAGAUGCCGCGUGAGCAGGAUGCAGAUUGCACCGCUGGAGCGCUUGACAACCUACCGAGCGUUGGCUUAGUUUUGUUUUCCCGCACAGCAAGCUCUCUUUCAGAGGAAGGUAAAGGUGGUGAAAGCUCCAAACUAAAAUUGUAUCGAAAUGGCUACAGAAAUCGACUUUCUGAGAGAGCAAAAUCGAAGACUAAAUGAAGAUUUUAGGCGGUAUCAAAUGGAAAAUUUUUCCAAAUAUUCAUCUGUACAGAAAGCUGUCUGCCAAGGAGAAGGAGACGACACACUUGAAAACCUAGUAUUUGACCAAAGCUUUUUAGCUCCUCUUAUUACUGAGUAUGAUAAACACCUAGGAGAACUAAAUGGGCAGCUGAAAUAUUAUCAGAAACAGGUGGGUGAGAUGAAACUACAACUUGAAAAUGUCAUCAAGGAAAAUGAAAGGUUGCACAGUGAAUUAAAAGAUGCUGUUGAAAAAAAAUUGGAGGCCUUUCCCCUUGGCACAGAGAUAGGAACUGAUACAUAUGCAGAUGAUGAAACAGUCAGAAACCUUCAAGAACAAUUGCAGCUAGCCAAUCAAGAAAAAACUCAGGCUGUGGAACUCUGGCAGACUGUUUCUCAGGAGUUGGACAGACUACACAAGCUUUACCAGGAACAUAUGACUGAGGCCCAGAUUCAUGUAUUUGAAAGUCAAAAACAAAAGACUAACCAACAGUUUCUGAAAACAGUAACUGAACAAAGUGUGAUAAUCGAACAACUCCGAAAAAAACUUAGGCAAGCCAAAUUAGAGCUGAGAGUUGCUGUAGCAAAAGUGGAAGAGUUAACUAAUGUGACUGAAGAUCUGCAGGGACAGAUGAAAAAGAAGGAGAAGGAUGUGGUGUCUGCCCAUGGAAGAGAGGAAGCAUCAGAUAGGCGCUUACAGCAGUUACAGUCUAGUAUAAAACAAUUAGAAAUAAGAUUAUGUGUGACAAUCCAAGAAGCCAACCAAUUAAGAACAGAAAAUACACAUCUGGAAAAACAGACCAGAGAGCUACAAGCAAAGUGCAAUGAAUUAGAAAAUGAGAGGUAUGAGGCUAUUAUAAGAGCCAGAAAUAGCAUGCAACUCUUAGAAGAAGCUAACCUUCAAAAAAGUCAGGCUCUACUUGAGGAGAAGCAAAAAGAAGAAGACAUAGAGAAAAUGAAAGAGACAGUUUCUCGUUUUGUACAAGAUGCUACCAUAAGAACCAAGAAAGAAGUUGCAAACACCAAAAAACAAUGUAAUAUACAAAUUUCUCGAUUAACAGAAGAACUUUCAGCCCUUCAAAUGGAGUGUGCUGAAAAACAAGGCCAAAUUGAACGAGUCAUUAAGGAAAAAAAAGCAGUGGAAGAAGAACUAGAAAAGAUUUACCGUGAAGGCAGAGGAAAUGAGAGUGAUUCCAGAAAACUGGAAGAAAUGCACCAAAGAUUCCUGGUUUCAGAGCGUUCAAAAGAUGAUCUUCAGCUAAGACUUACGAGAGCAGAAAAUAGAAUAAAACAACUUGAAAUUGACUCCUCAGAAGAAAUAUCACGUUACCAAGAAAUGAUUCAGAAACUUCAAAAUGUGUUGGAGUCUGAGAGAGAGAACUGUGGGCUUGUCAGUGAACAAAGGCUAAAACUUCAGCAAGAAAAUAAACAGUUACGGAAAGAGACUGAGAGUUUAAGGAAGAUUGCCCUGGAGGCUCAAAAAGAAGCCAAAGUAAAGAUCAGUACAAUGGAACAUGAAUUUUCAAUAAAGGAACAUGGGUUUGAAGUGCAAUUGAGAGAGAUGGAAGACAGUAAUAGAAAUUCCAUUGUUGAACUGAGGCAUCUCCUAGCAACUCAACAGAAGGCAGCCAAUAGGUGGAAAGAAGAAACGAAGAAACUUACUGAAAGUGCAGAAAUUAGAAUCAAUAAUCUAAAAAGUUCCUUUGGUAAAGAUCUACUGGUGAUGAAUUCUCAACUGCUGCUCGUAAAAUAUAUUUACUUUUUGUUUAUUCUUGAAAGAUAUUUUUGCUGGGUAUGGAAUUCCAAGUUGACAGGUAUUUUCUUCUAGAACAUUAAAGAUAACAUCUUUGGGAGCUGUGAACUGACAAAACAUCAAGAGUUUACGCAGUGAUAAGAGACAUGAGAGUUCCAGUCGGCCAGAGUGGAACAUCCUUGUUGAACACCCAGAGUAUACAAUAAAGAUUUCAGGAUCACUUUAUCCUAUUGUUAAAACUAAACUAGCCUAGAGUAAAAAGAAUUGAAAAUCUGUCUUGAAAAAGCUAAAAACGAGCUUCAAAAUGAACUAGCUGGUCCUCAAGUAACUUAACUACCUGCUAGAACAAAUCCAGCACUUUUAUUACUAGAUAAACAAAAGCAGGAAAAUGGUACCCAUAACCAGAAAAAAAGAAAAACAAAAACUACUGCAUCAAAACACACCCAGAAAUGAGAGAGGAUACAAUUAUUAAUUUUUAAAUUUUUAUUAAUUAAAAUUAUUAAAACAUGAGAACUUUAAACCAGCCAUUGUAAAUAUUCUUAGUGAUUUAAAGGAACACAUGAAGAUGAUAAGGAGAGAAGUGGAAGAUGCAAAAAAGGAACCAAUGGAAACCUGUGGAUGAAAAAUAUUAGAGAAUUUUAAAACUCACAAAAUGGGAUUAACAGCAGAUCAUACACUGCACAAGAAAAUAUCAGAGAACUUGAAGAGAGCGAAAGAAACCAUCCAAAAAUGAAACAUAGAAAAAAAGACCAAAGAAAAAUUAUGCACAGAGAGCCUCAGGGACUUUAGGGACGAUAUCAAGCAGUGUAAAAGACAUACUACUGUAGUCCCAGGAGGGCAGGGAUGGGAGUGUGGGAGUGUUUUAAGAAAUAAUGGACCAGACACGGUGGCUGAUGCCUGUAAUCCUAGCACUUUGGGAGGCUGAGGCAGGUGGAUCACUUGAGGUCAGAAGUUCGAGACCAGCCUGGCCAACAUGGUGAAACCCCAUCUCUACUAAAAAUACAAAAAAUUAGCCAGGAGUGGUGGCACAUGCCUGUAAUAUCAGCUACUUGGGAGGCUGAGGCAGGACAGGAGGCAGAGGUUGCAGUGAGCCAAGAUCAUGCCACUGCACUCCAGCCUGGAUGACAGAGUAAGACUUCAGCUCCAAAAAAAAAAGAACUAAUGGCCAAAUUUUUUCCAAACUUGAUGAAAACCCUUUGUGUAGUUAUCUACUACUGCAUAACAAAUUGCUCCAAAAUUUAGUGACUUAAAACAGCAAACAUUUAUUUUCUCAUGGUUUUUGAGGAUUAGGAAUCUAGACAUGUCUGAAUCAGAAUGCCUCUGACUCAGAGUUUCUCAUAAAGUUGCAAUCAACUUGUUGACUAAAGCUGCAUUAUCUCAGAGCUUGACCAGGAAAGGAUCUGCUCCCAAGCUCACUCUGUAGCUGUUGGCAGGCCUCAGGUCUUAACUGGCAUUGGCAGGAGACAUCAGUUCCUUGCCUUGUUGGUCUCUUCAUGGGUCUAAAAUGUGGUAGCUUGCUUCCCUCAGAGUGAGGAGAGGGGGAGGGAGUGAGGGAGAAAGGGAAGGAAGUUGAAAGAGAGAAAGUAAAACAAAAGUCAAGAUCUUUGUUUAAGCUAAUCUUGAAAGUGACAUCACAUCAUGUUAACCAUAUUCUAUCAAUUAGAAGUGAGUCCCUGGGUAGAGCCCACAUAGGUGAGACUUCAUAAGGACCUCAUAAGGUAGGGAUCUCUGAAGUUCGUUUCAGAGCUUACGUGCCACACCAUUACAUCACACCAUACACAAAAAUAAUCUGAAAUGAAUCAUAGACCUAAGCAUAAAAAAGGAAAACAAUAAAAUAUCUAAAAGAAAAUCUUAUGAUAAGCAGAAAUUUCUUCCAAGACACAAGAAUAAAGUACAAAAAAUUUGAUAAAGAGGACUAUAUUAAAUUAAAAACUUCUGGCCAGGAGCAGUGGCUCAUGCCUGUAAUCCCAACACUUUUAGAGGUCAAGGUGGGCAGAUCAACUUGAGGCUAGGAGUUCAAAACCAGUCUGGCUAACAAGAUGAAACCCCCAUCUCUACUAAAAAUACAAAAAAUUAGCCGGGUAUAGUGGUGCACACUUGUAAUCCCAGCUACUCAGGAAGCUGAAGAGCGAGAAUUGCUUGAGCCUGGGAGGUGAUGAGCCAAGACUGUGUGCUAUUGCACUCCAGCCUGCGCCACAGAGCAAGACUCAGUCUCAAAUACAAAUAAAUAAUAAAAAAUAAAAAUAAAAUUUUAAAAACGUCUGCUUUUCAAAAGCCACCAUUAAGAAAAUGAAAAAAGACUGUGAGAAAAAAAUUGCAAUUAGUAUAUCUGACAAAGUACUUGAUUUUUUUUAAUCUUACAACUCAGUAAUAAUAGACAAUUUUACUACAAAGUUAAAUGUAUACUCUUCAUACAGACAUGCAGUUUUACUCACAGAUGUUACCCAAGAGAAGUGAAAACACAUCCACACAGAGACCAACCUGGGCAACAUAGUGAGACCUCGUCUCUACAAAAUAAAAAAUAAUAAAAUUAACCAGGCACAGCAGUGCAUGCCUAAAGUCCCAGAUACUUGGGAGGCUGAGGUAGGAGGAUCACCUGAGCCCAGGAGUUUGCAGCUGUGAACCCUGAUCAUGCUACUGCACUCCAGCCUGGGCAAACAGACCAAGACUCUUUCCAAAAAUAAAACCAAAAUGUAUCGACACAAAAAACCUGUACACAAAUGUUUAUAGAUAUUUUGUUUAUAAUGGCUGAAAAUGAGAACCCAAAUGUACAUCACCAGGUGCAUGGAUAAACACUCAUAAAUAAAAAGGAAGAAACCACUGAUACACACGACAACAUGGAUGAAUCUCAAAAAGGAGAUUGAAAAAAAAAGACAUAGAAGACUACAAACUGUAUGAUCCCAUAUGUGUGAAAUUCUAGAGAAGGCAAUUCUAAUUUAUAAUGAUAAAACAGUUUGCAUGCCUAGGACUGGGAUUUGAGGGGUGGGGCAGUGACUGCAAAAGGGAAGAGGGAACUCUUUAGGGUGAUGGACUUAUUCUGUAUCUUUUUUUUUUUUUUAUAUGAGAUGGAGUCUCACUCCGUCACCCAGGCUGGAGUGCAGUGGCACAAUCUUGGUUCACUGCAACCUCUGCCUCAUGGGUUCAAGCGAUUCUUCUGCCACAGCCUCCCAAGUAGCUGGGAUACAGGCAUGUGCCACCACGCCUAGCUAAAUUUUGUAUUUUUAGUAGAGACAGGGUUUCACCAUGUUGGCCAGGCUGGUCUCAAACUCCUGACCUCAAGUGAUCCACCCGCCUCGGCCUACCAAAUUGCUGGGAUUACAGGUGUGAGCGACCGCAUGUGGCUUAUUCUGUAUCUUAAUUACAGUGGUGGUUACAUGAGUGUAUGCUUUUGCCAGAUCUCACCAAACUCUACGCUCAAAAUGGCUGCACCUUAUUUCCCACAAUUAUAUCCCAAUGAGGUUGAUUUUAAAACCAAAAUAAAUAUUGCUUUUGCAUGA